GCGACAAAAGUGCAAUUAAACACCAAAUUGAAAAGUGAAAACCACCCAUUGCGUGUGAUACGUGUAAACGUGUUGAAAAAAUGAGAGGCUAUGAAGUGGACGAGAGCCUCGCGAUCGCGAUGGAAGAACGAUGACGACUGCAUGAGAAGUGCAGGUUCAUUCCUCUCCAAACGCGAUCCUCUUCUUGCUUCCUUCUUCCUUCCGCUUCACUCGCAAAGAAAUCCCAGUUAAGCAGCGUCAGUCAUCACCAGAGUCAUGGAGAGAAGUGGAUAUGGGAAGGAUGGUAUCUACAGGUCGCUGAGACCACCUCUCGUCCUUCCUUCCGACCCCAACACCAACAUGGUCUCCUUCUUGUUCAGGAACUCCUCUUCCUACCUCGACAAGCUCGCUUUGGCCGAUGCCGACACCGGAGAAUGCUUCUCCUUCAACGACUUCAGGACCAUCGUCCCCAGAGUCGCCAGCGGCUUCUCUCUUCUGGGCGUCAGGAAGGGCGACGUCGUGCUCAUCGUCGCCCCUAACUCCCCUCAGUUCCUCAUCUGCUUCUUCGGCGUUCUGUCUCUCGGAGCCAUCGUUACCACCGCCAAUCCGCUCUACACCUCCUCGGAGAUUGCCAAGCAGGCCCUUGACGCGUCCUCCAAGUUCGUGGUCACCAUUCCCGCUCUCUGGGAGAAUGUUAGAGGCUUGGGUCUGCCUGCCGUUAUGCUGGGGAGACCCGACGCUGGUAUCGUUUCUGACGUGGGUACCACCGGUUUCGAUGAAUUGGUGAAGAUGGGAUCCGGCAGAGCGCCGCCGGCCGUCGUCGUCCGACAGAACGACACCGCCGUGCUUCUGUAUUCCUCCGGCACUACUGGGACUAGCAAGGGGGUGAUUCUUACUCACCGGAACUUCAUAUCUGCUGCUCUGAUGGCCUCGUCCGAACAGAUAGUGAAGGGAGAAAUGCAUCGCGUUGUGCUGUGCGUUCUGCCCAUGUUCCACGUCUACGGCCUUUCUAUCAUCUCGUUCGCGCAGCUGCAGAUUGGGAACGCCGUCAUCAGCAUGAGCAGGUUCGCUUUGGAGGAUUUUCUAAGGGCGGUGGAGAAGUACAGGAUCACGCACCUCUACAUCGUGCCGCCCAUCAUGAUCCUUUUGGCGAAACAGAAGGUUACUCGCAAGUUUGAUCUCUCGUCGCUGAGGGGGAUUACUAGUGGCGCCGCACCUCUAGGGAAGGAUGUAAUGGAGGAAUGCUCGAAAGUUGUUCCUUCGGCUGAAAUUUUGCAGGGGUAUGGUUUGACAGAGUCAUGUGGCAUUGUUUCAGUUGAAUUUCCAGAGCAAGGAUUUAGCCGUCAUGGUUCUUCUGGAGGUCUGGUUUCAGGGGUUGAGUGUAGAAUCGUUGAUGUAGAGAAGAUGAAGCCUCUGCCUCCUAAGCAAUUGGGUGAAAUAUGGAUUCGUGGUCCAAACAUGAUGCAAGGAUAUCUGAACAAUCCACAAGCCACUCAGAUGACUAUAGAUAAGCAUGGAUGGGUGCACACAGGAGAUUUAGGAUAUGUUGAUGAUGAUGGUAGAUUGUUUAUUGUUGAUAGAAUAAAAGAACUUAUCAAGUACAAAGGUUUACAGGUUGCACCUGCAGAGCUUGAGGGUAUCCUUCUUUCACAUCCUGAAAUAUCAGAUGCUGUUGUUAUUCCCUGUCCUGACGCCGAAGCUGGUGAAGUUCCUAUUGCUUAUGUUGUGCGUGCUCCUACCAGCUCCUUAUCAGAAGUGGAUGUCCAAGAAUUUGUUGCAAAACAGGUUGCACCAUUCAAAAGAUUACGCAGAGUAUCAUUUAUUAAUGCUGUGCCAAAAUCAGCCUCCGGGAAGAUUCUAAGAAGGCAACUAAUUGAGAAAGUAAGGUCAAAUUUGUGAGAACGUCGUCACAUGUAUGUCAUCGUAAAUUGCUAUAUUCCUAUAUUAUUAGUGGCCACUAUUAAAAAAUAAAUUCUCGAAAGAUGUAUUCACAAGUAUUGGCCUCCGAUUAUGGUCACACAAUAAUUGAUGAAAGUCUAUGUGGAUGUACAUAUUAUCUA